AUCAGUGAAUUGCAACUAAAACUAUUAUCUGCAAUAUUAACACUCCGAAUAUAGCUGGAUUUGUAAAUUUCGGAACAACGUUGUCGUACCGUUGUACAAAGUAACCUGAAAAUGUUUGGCACAGUAAACAAUUACCUUUCCAGCAUAUCGCGUGCAGCUGAAGCGUGUGAUGGAGACACAUUGGGCAAGUUUCUUUCCCUCCGCGAUGUGCACGUUCAGAAUCACAAUUUGUAUAUUGCACAGCCCGAGAAACUGCGGAAUUCGCUAAAGCCGCCUCUGGAUGAAAUUGUUACCGCACAUCUCAAAGUGCUAUACUACCUGGCACAGAAGCCGCCGAAUUAUAUGGAAGCCUACAACCAGCAGGCAACUAGCUGCUCGUCUGUAGUCAAACUGCUGCAGCAGUUGAAGGACGAGAACUGGCCACUACCGCUCAUGUACCGGGUGUGCCUAGAUCUACGCUACUUGGCGCAAGCGUGCGAGAAGCACUGUCGCGGUUUUACGCCGGGCAACAUUCUGGAGAAGGCCGCGGACUGCAUGAUGGGGUGUUUUCGAGUGUGUGCUGCAGAUGGCCGUGCAGCGGAACAGGACACGAAACGCUUGGGUAUGAUGAACUUGGUUAAUCAGCUAUUUAAAGUGUACUUUCGCAUAAACAAGCUACACCUUUGCAAGCCGCUCAUUCGUGCCAUUGAGAAUAGUUCGUUUAAGGAAAGCUUUCCGCUACCCGAACAAAUCACAUAUAAAUACUUUGUGGGCAGACGCGCCAUGUUCGACUCAAACUAUAGCAUGGCCGUAGAAGAUCUCUCAUACGCAUUUGCUCAUUGCCCUGAGCGUUUUACCAGUAACAAGCGACUGAUUCUAAUAUACUUGGUACCGGUUAAGAUGCUUCUUGGCUACCUGCCACGCAAAUCACUACUGGAGCGUUACGAUCUGCUGCUCUUCCAUGAUCUGGCACUUGCUCUAAAGGCUGGCAAUGUAAACAAGUUCGAUGAAAUUGUGCACCACCACGAAAUCGUGCUCAUACGCAGCGGCAUAUAUUUGCUGGUAGAGAAGCUAAAAUUCAUCGUCUACCGCAAUCUAUUUAAGAAAGUGUUUGCUAUCAGACAAACGCAUCAGCUGGAUAUGGGCGAUUUCAUGUCGGCGUUGCAGUUUGUGGGUGUAACGGACGCUUCUUUGGAUGAGACGCAUUGCAUUAUUGCCAACUUAAUUUAUGAGGGAAAAAUCAAGGGGUACAUAUCUCAUGCACACAACAAAUUGGUUGUGUCCAAGCAAAAUCCAUUUCCUCCACUAAUAGCGACAUAAUGUUUUACAACUUCAUGAGUUGUAAUGUAAUGUUUUAAACACAAAUACAUCUAAGAACAAUUGCUACAA